AUGCGGUCAAUACUCUCCACCGUCACGCUUCUUUCGUUGCCAUUUCUCGCUGUCUGCCAAUCCGACUCUGAUGGUUACUCUGGUUACAAGCUUGACAUUCGACAAGAUGGCGACCCAACCGCUGUGCUCUACGAAACAGCAAACACUGCCGCAAAUGUGUCCGCAUUUGUGCCAGAGCCUGAUGUCCUGCUAAACGCGUCGGUCCACGUUGGCGAAAUCUUCAUUGGAGUCGACAACCUAACGGCGAAGAUCAACCUCGAUGCCCAGGUCCUCCAGUUGCUGCAGUUCAACGCGGGAGUAGACCUUUCCAUCGACAAAGUCUCUCUCCUGAUCCAGAACGUCACAGCAAAAGUGUACCUCGAAGCCCGCCUAGGCAACCUAGUCAAGAUGAUUGGCGACGUUCUCGACAGCGUGGAUCUCAACCCCAUCAUCGCCGAGUUGGGCAAUGGCCUGGGAACUAUCAUCAACAGCACCACCGGCCUCAUCGGCGACGUCGCAGGCGGGCUGAACGGCAACAAGUCUACCCAAGCCAAUGCAAAGCGCGACCUGGACCUCCACCAAUGGGACCUGCACAACAACAUCCUGUACUCGAUCAACAACUUCGAAGGCAAUGCGAACAAGCGCCGCAUUCUCGCGCAAAACGGCGACAUCGUCGAGCAAACCCUCAACAACAACGGCCUCAUCUCCGGCUCCACCGUCGUAGGCGACUACGUCAAGAGCAUGCGCUUCAACGGCUUCAACGAGAGCGUCACGUUCAAGGGCCAAGAGGUUUGGGAGGAAGAGUACAUUUACGAGCCCUUUGCAGGCUUGUACUCCAUCUCCGGUGUCUUCAAGAGUAAGAGCACCGGCGCAGUGGUGGGAACCCAGCUUCUAGCCGAAGCAAGAGGAGGCGGUAGCGCGAGCAUCGGGAACGAGAAGGCAUGA